CAUACAAAUUACAGCCGAGUGAAGUGGGCCGGCCCAUUUAAACAUCUCUCCCUAAACCCCUUAAACCCUAAAACCAUUUCUGAAGCGCAGAAGCUACAUAGGAGACUAACCAUUUUUGAUCUUGGGAAUCAGAUCCUCAACACACCGAAAUAAGAAUCAAAGUAGCGUGCGUGCGUGAAUUCGAUGAUGUCUGGGUACGUUAGACGAGCAUUCUCGUACCGGAACAUGCUGUGGCUCCGAAACUCAGGUGUUGUUCGUGGUUGCGACGUGUGGUCUCCCAUUCAGAUGUGCGAUAGCAACAGAGUGUUGACUCUUCCGGCAACGCCUAAUUUUGUUGCGGAAAGUCGCAGAGCCUUUGCCAAAGGGCGAAAGUCAAAGGAUGAAGGGGGUGCCAGUACAAUUGAAGUUCCACCAAAUGCUGGUCCUACUAUCAAGGCAAAUGCUGUCUCGCAGAUGGAGGCUGCAAUGGCUGCAUUAUCAACAGAACUAAGCAAGCUACGAACAGGAAGGGCAUCCCCAGGAAUGCUUGACCAUAUCAUUGUUGAAACUAGUGGUUUGAAGAUGCCUUUGAAUCGGCUUGCUGUUGUUUCAGUCUUGGAUCCAAAAACCUUGUCUGUUAAUCCGUAUGAUCCAGAGACACUUAAACAAUUAGAGAAUGCUAUUGUUUCAUCUCCAUUGGGGUUAAAUCCUAAAUCAGAUGGUGAAAGAUUGAUUGCUGUUAUUCCACCAUUGACCAAAGAGCAUAUGCAGGCUAUGACUAAGUUGGUUGCUAAAUCAUGUGAAGAUGCUCGUCAAAGUAUUAGAAGAGCUAGGCAAAAGGCAAUGGAUGCGAUAAAGAAGUUGUAUUCAAGUCUCCCCAAAGAUGACAUAAAAAGAUUGGAGAAAGAAGUUGAUGAUUUGACAAAGAAAUUUAUCAAGAGUGCGGAAGAUAUAUGCAAGGCAAAAGAGAAGGAAAUUAGUCAAGGUUGAGAUACGGCAUUUUUGUUAUUUUUUGGUGGAGGAUUAACUGCUUCGUUUCUCCUCUUAAUUUGGUAGGACCUGACAUUUUGUGGUCUUAGCCUAGUGUCAGUCAAUCAGUAGUCAUAUAUAUAAGGAUUAUUAUAGUGUUCUGGCAAUCUUUUGAAUACAUAAAACAUGAUUCCCCCAGUUGAGUUGCCACAUUGGUGCAGGCUGCCGUGCAUUGUGGUUGAUCAAAAUCUUGUGCUUAAUGUAACUCCGUUUGUUAGGCGAAAUUUGUGAAUGUUAUGUUCUAAUCAUUGAGGGUGUGUAUAGAUUCAAGUGGGGGAUAUAUAAACUAGUCGAAGCUGACACUCAAUCAAGAGGGGUUUGUUGGCAUCAAGUUCAUUGUUUCACAUGUUUUGUAGACUUGCUAUUAUCAUUGCUUGAUGCUGUUCAUACUCAGUAGAAUUUGUUACCAUGAGUUCAAAUGACAUUUGAUGAAAUUUUAAUUGAA